AGGUAAUGCCGCAGGUAGAAGUAUGCGUAUUCCAACGUCAGUAUGUUGUUGCCAUAGCGAAGAGACCUUCAGCCUACGGUUGCAAACCUACCUUCCUUAGACGCACUCCAUACCCAUCCGCCCUCCCAAUGGUCUUCAAAUGCCUAUUCUUCUCAUGCUUAGGUAGUAGGAGGGACCUCACCACUGUGCGAGCCAAUGAAAGGCCGUCGGCAUUGCUGCAAGCCAGGGGCUUGUCCUAUCCCCGUGCCACAGACCGAUUCCCACACAACUGCAUAAACUGCAAUAAAUUGCUCUACCCAGACAGAACCGCUUGCCUCGUGUGCGGCCAUCCAGUUCGACACGAGGUGGUGGAAUGGGAGCUGCUUGCAGCUGCCGCUCAGUACAUGCAAGAUUCCCAGGCGACUAAGAAAGUAAUGAAACCAAAGUUAUCCUCAAAGUCAGCUCAUAACUCGGUACUUCUUCUCUACGAUGACCGGUGCCGAUUACAUCAGGCCCCCGGGUCAAUGGAUGCCACAGAGGAGGACUGCAAGCAUGGUCGCAGCCACCCCGAGCGCCCCGAGCGAGUGGCGGCCAUUGUGGCGAGGCUGCAGGCCACCGGGCUACUGGCCAGGUGUUUGUGUUCCCAGGGUCGAGAUGCGAGUCAGGAGGAGUUGCUUGCCGUACAUGAUCCCCAGCUGAUCGCGGCGGUGGAGAAGGCAGCGCAGGCAGCGGCGCAGCGGGCUGCUCGUUGGUCCAAGGCCAAGGCCACCGGAAUGCUGAGUGAGACGGCGGUAGUACUCGAAGAGAUGGAUGCUCUAGACAGCCCCCACAUUCGAGAAAACUACUUCAACGCCUCCACCGCCGGCUGCGCGCGCCUGGCUGCCGGCAGCGCUGCUGACGUGGCUCGCCGAGUGGUGUGCGGCGCGGCCCGGCACGGCGCCGCCAUCAUCCGGCCGCCCGGCCAUCACGCCGAGUCGGGGGUGGCCAUGGGCUUCUGCUACUACAACAAUGCAGCCGUGGCGGCGAGGGCGGCCCAGGCGGCGGGUGCGCGGCGCGUGCUGAUCCUCGACUGGGACGUGCACCAUGGCAACGGCACGCAGCGCAUCUUCUACGACGACCCCUCCGUGCUCUACAUGUCCACACACCGCUUCGACAACGGCAGCUUCUACCCGGGCACGGGGGACGCGACGGAGACCGGCUCCGGUGCGGGUCUGGGCUUCACCGUCAACGUGCCCUGGAACGGCUCCGGAGUGCGCGACGCGGACAUGCUGGCCGCCUUCCGCCACGUGCUGCUGCCCGUGGCCGCGGAGUUCCGGCCCGACCUGGUCAUCGUGAGCGCCGGCUUCGACGCAGUGGAGGGCGACCCGCUGGGCGGCUGCCGCGUCAGUCCCGCCGCGUACGGCCACUUCACCGCACUGCUCAGCUCGCUGGCGCCCACCCUGCUGCUGCUGGAGGGGGGCUACAACCUCUCCGCAACCGCUGCGGCCACGGAGGCGUGUCUGCGGGUGCUGCUGGGGGAGCAGCCAGCGCCGCUGCAGGGAGGGCCGGGCAUGGGGGCGCAGGCGAUACUGGAGGCGCAUGCGGCGUCGGCUGCAGCCUCGGCUGACCCGUGGGUCGCUGCAGCCCUGGACGACGUCUCCGAGAGCGCCAUUCAGUCGCUGCGGCGGGUGCUGCGCUUGCAGAGUUACCUGUGGCAGGCGGCGCGGGAGCGGCAUGUGCUGCUGGAGGCUGCGCUGGAGGAGCGCAGGCAGCAGCAGCUAGCCAGGAUGCAGCAGCGUUCACUGGGAGCAUCCUAGAGGGCAGUGUGAGGCGUCAUGCAAUGAGGCCUUCCGACUUGGGCUGGGAGAUGUUAAAGAGGGCACUCCAGAAAGGCGAUGGCGCGAACGGAUUUGUGGAUGUUGUUGUCGUGACCGUGUCAAGGUGCUGUGAGGCAGUUGGCUGUGAGAGGUGUUGGGGUUUAGCUGGGUGUUACGUCGACUGCCUUGCACUAAAGCAAGGCAACUGAGAAACCUCGCGAUCGCAUCUUGUCGUACAUUCAUGCUUUUGACAAAGGUUUGAAGUGGAUUGCUUUGACAGUCCGCUGCCUUUGCAAACUGCCAGGCAUUCCUUCCUUCUGCAAUGGUGACGCAGGUGUUAAUUAUCACUUCGAUUAUCUGGGCUUUUUUGAUCUCGACGGGGCAACCCCUAAUGCCUCUAUUUAUUUGUUAUUGUGACUGCUUGCGCUUUAUGACAAGCAGAUACCAAUAUUGAACCGCGAGCGCUCAUGUUGUCAUGUACAUAGGUGAAUUACAUGACCCAAAGGCCCAGGAAUAUCCCAGUGGUAUGAUACACACCAGGAUCAUGCAACAUGGAUAGCCAACACCGUACCAGACGACGUUGGCUGCGUCUACAGAAAACCUUUCUUGGAAACGUGAAUGCGCCAA